AUGAAAAUUGAAAGAACUCGAAAAAGCUUACAGACAAAGCCACACAUACACACUCUUUUCCUCUAUUUGUGGACUCCGCCCCAUGUCGCGAAGUUCCCUUCGAAUUCCGGAGCUAGAACGGAUAAACGGAGUGGGAGGAUGAAGUUGUCGCCGGUUCAUUUCAGUUUAGAGUUCGGGAAGCUCGGGAAAAUUUAUGGACAGUACAAAUUUACGUUGGCUCCGAAUGAGCAAAGAGUAUUCAAAGGGUUUUGGAAAGAUGCCACCAUAAAGGUGUUAAGAAACACAUGGUUUGAUCGUUGGUAUCUUUGGCUUCCUCAGGGUGUAGUAUUCUACUUCAUGACAAAGCUGUGCGUAAAAAUGAACUAUGAAGCUUACCGUAAGAAACCGGAAGAUUUCAUCAAUGAAGGCAUAUCAAACGUUGUUGAGUAGUCUUUAAUUCGAAAUAACCGGUGUUAGGUCUCUAUCAUAUUAAAACAUUGUAUCUUGUUUAAAUCUUUAUGAUUCACUGGCUUGUAGUUAGUAAUAGAUUUUUGCUAUGUGCAAGUAUAAAUAGAUUAGAGUUUCAAGUGCUUGAUCAUGCAGUAUGAAGGACAGAAUGCUGGUCACUCGGCAUCUAAGUGAUCAGUUAGGCUUUGUCCAGAAAAAGUCAAACUUAGAUGGCAGUUUAAUUCUCGCAAAAUUUUUUCUAUUUCUUUUUAUAUCAUAUUGUCAGUAGUAUCUACACAACUCUAUGAAAAGGUGACCAUAUUAAAUUUGUAAUUGUAAGUUCUGUAAGUUUGUAGAACGGCAGUGCUUGUGAAAAAAUUCUAUAACAAAUCGCCGUAUGCCGAUUAAUUCUUCACUCAUCACGAAUGCAGUUUAUGUUUGAAAUUGUGAGAUAGAAGCUGAUAUGUUUAUACCACGGAAAUUCUUGAAAUAUCUUAAUGGGAUUGGCCAGUGCAAAUUUGCAUGAUUGCCUAUCGAUUCACAAUUUAAUUUCACUCCUUGUAGUCGGUGCCGGAAAAGAUGACUGUCUCUUUUACAUGAACUGAUCUUUAGUAAAGUUC